UGAAGCGCGGUUGAGAGAGGGCGGAGGCCAAAGGGAUAAGAUACCUAACUCUUUCGAGCUACCUACGUUUGAAUUGAAUCGCGAGGGAGACUUAGAGACUGCGUACUCAGGAGAAGAGAAGAGAAGAAAAGUCGGAGAUGGCGACAACUUCAUUAUGUUCAUCGACGCUCCAAUCUCAAGUCAAUGGAUUGGCUGGGGGAGUCAAGCUUCAAAAGACUUCUCUCUUUCAACCGCGUUCCGUCACUUUCUAUAGAAGGAAGAUGACUACUACAGUGAAGGCUAUGUCCCGUGUUGACAAGUUUUCUAAAAGUGACAUCAUUGUUUCUCCUUCCAUUCUUUCCGCUAACUUUGCAAAGCUGGGAGAGCAGGUAAAAGCUGUGGAAUUAGCAGGCUGUGAUUGGAUCCAUGUUGAUGUAAUGGAUGGUCGUUUUGUACCAAAUAUUACAAUUGGGCCUCUUGUGGUUGGUGCUCUGCGGCCUGUGACAGACCUUCCAUUGGAUGUGCACUUGAUGAUCGUAGAACCUGAACAGCGAGUUCCAGAUUUUAUCAAGGCUGGGGCUGACAUAGUCAGUGUUCAUUGCGAGCAAUCUUCCACCAUCCAUUUACAUCGUACAGUUAAUCAAAUAAAAAGCCUGGGAGCCAAAGCUGGAGUUGUCCUAAACCCUGCUACCCCAUUAAGUGCGAUUGAAUAUGUCCUUGAUGUGGUCGAUCUGGUCUUGAUUAUGUCCGUCAACCCCGGGUUUGGUGGCCAGAGUUUUAUUGAGAGCCAAGUGAAGAAAAUUUCUGAGUUGAGAAGACUUUGUGCGGAAAAGGGAGUGAAUCCAUGGAUUGAAGUGGACGGUGGAGUUGGUCCAGCAAAUGCUUACAAGGUGAUUGAGGCUGGAGCGAAUGCUCUGGUUGCUGGUUCUGCUGUGUUUGGAGCUAAAGAUUAUGCUGAAGCAAUAAGAGGAAUCAAAACCAGCAGAAGGCCCGAAGCAGUUGCUGUAUAGCGCACUUCCUGAGGAUGCUGUACAUUUACCCGUGAUACAAUAUCCGUGAACAAGCAGCCAUAUUAGACAUCGUGUGGUCUCGCUAAGCAAUAUCCGUGAACUGAGGCUGCUGAUGAGAAGCGUAGUUUGUGUAGAAUGUGUGAAUAAUAUUUUUGGUGGGCCGGAAACAGCUCUGUUCAAAUUAAAGCCCUGUAGCCUCUCAUGUUGCAAAGCAAUUUUGCUUUGUAAGCAUAAAAGGAUAGUUGUAUGCAUUACACGAUUUCUCUCUUAUUGACAGCUGUUGCCACUUUGCUUCAUUCCUGGCUUUAUCCGUAUCUGGUAGGCCGUUCCUAUCUGUCUCGGUUACAAGUGAUCUAGAAAUGAAGCUAGCUUGAAAGACAACCUCCUUUAGUUUACUUUAGACUAAAACUAUGAAUCACAUGCUUUAUAUGAAAUUUUAAAUGAGCUGCUUGAUUU